CGCACUACAUGUUCGUGGGGCGGGGCGUCGGUCGCCCGGCUUUAUAAAGAGACGCAGGCGAGGCGGUUCGCGCGAAAUUUUUCCCGCUCUCGCCGACAAGAUGUUUGAGGCGCGGUUGAUUCAGGGCUCGCUGCUGAAGAAGGUCCUGGAGGCUCUCAAGGACCUCAUAACGGAGGCCUGCUGGGACCUGGGCUCGGGUGGCAUCAGCCUGCAGAGCAUGGACUCGUCGCACGUCUCCCUGGUGCAGCUCACCAUGCGCUCCGAGGGCUUCGACACCUACCGCUGCGACCGCAACAUCGCCAUGGGCGUCAAUCUCGUCAGUAUGUCCAAAGUGCUCAAGUGUGCUGGUAAUGAUGACAUAAUCACCCUGAGGGCUGAAGACAAUGCUGACACACUGGUUUUGGUAUUUGAAACACCAAAUCAGGAGAAGGUUUCAGACUAUGAAAUGAAAUUAAUGGAUUUGGAUGUAGAACAGCUUGGAAUUCCAGAACAAGAGUACAGCUGCGUGGUGAAAAUGCCCUCGGCUGAAUUCGCACGUAUCUGCCGUGAUCUCAGCCACAUUGGAGACGCCGUUGUGAUCUCCUGCACGAAGGAUGGGGUCAAAUUUUCUGCCACGGGAGAACUUGGGAGUGGAAAUGUCAAGCUGUCACAAACCAGCGAUGUUGACAAAGAAGAGGAAGCUGUAUCCAUAGAGAUGAAUGAGCCCGUCCAGCUGACUUUUGCUUUGAGAUACUUGAAUUUCUUCACCAAGGCCACACCUUUGUCUCCUACAGUUAUACUCAGUAUGUCUGCGGAUGUUCCCCUAGUUGUGGAAUACAAGAUAGCAGAUAUGGGACAUUUGAAAUAUUAUUUGGCCCCAAAGAUUGAAGAUCAAGAAGAAUCGUAAGAAAUUAAAGGGUGGGGGGGAGAAAGGAUGUGAUUUUGCGAGGCUGGUAGCCCAGGGUCUCUUUCAGUUAUACUCAGUCUUGGUGCACCAGAUGCACUUAGACCCUUUUGUAGAUAUUUCCAUGUAAAUACUUCUCCUUUUUAUUAUGUGAGUACCUAAAAUAGUUGUAGAACCUUUUUUUAUUGUUCAGCUUUUAAUCCUUUUCGUAUGAAAAUGAAUGCUGUAUUUAAAAAACAGAGUAACUUCUGUGUGGAGAGCCUGUGUAACCCUUUAGAUGCCAUCCAUAAUAACCCUGCAUGAAAAUCAGAAUUUUGCAGCAUUUAUCAGCCUGUUAGUUGAAACAAGAAUG